GCCUUUUGGCUCUACUUUCCCCCAUCAUCCGAUAUCUACACCGGCAUGUCUGAUGCUGCACCCGGUGGUAGUUCGAAGGCAAAUCGCGUCAGGAAACGCGUGCCCAACGCAUGUAACUUCUGCAAACGGCAAAAGAUCCGUUGCUCGGGCAAUCAGCCUUGCGCUCACUGCGAGAAGAGGAAACAACCAUGCACGUUUCCUGAGAAACAGCAGCAGGUGCUGGUUUUUAAGGAAACCCUUGCACGACUUCAAAGGGAUGCCUCGCGCGCAGGAGAUGACGGGAGGCGUCUCUCGCAUGAGCGUCACUUGUCGGCGUCACCAGAAUUCGAGAAGGAACCGCAGAGCUCGAGGCACAGAAGCGGACUAAGCAUUUCAAAUCCAGCUCAAGACGAAGCUCAGAUGGACCAUUCAUCAUCAACACCAACUUCACAGUUGGGCAUCGAUCAACCGCCUGGGUCGAGAUAUGACGAAUCACGAGCUGCGAGUGUGCAUAGCGACAGCGAUCGCCCUCCAAUCAUUAAUCCACUAGUUUCCGGUCAAUCCACUUAUACUGGAGUGAAUACUGGUCGUGCUCUCCAUUUGGGCAGUUCAUCAAACUGGUCGUUUGGAAGAAGAGCAUUAGCUCUAGCCCACAGCAAAGUUUUUGGCUACCCUCUUCCCGAGACUGACCUUCAUCAUGAUGGAACCGCUUACGAUCUCGGAUGGGAUGGGCGGCGGACAGCAGCGAUUAGUGCGCAGCCUGCGUUACCUACUGCAGACCAUGCGCUCUUCCUCAUCAACACUGUUAAAUUCCACUGCGGACAAUUGUUUCACGUCUUCGACAACGACGUCUUCAUGCAAAACUUCAACUUGUUUCACGAAGGCAAUCAGGCGCAGGAUCUUUGCCCAGAGCUCUGGUAUAUUCACUACCUGAUAGUUUUGGCGAUAGGGAAAUCGCUUGUUGGUCGCUUAAGAAAAGGCAGGAAGCCAUCUGGUGCCGAUCUCUUCGUGCGCGCUAUGCAGAUACUUCCAGAUCAGAUUUUCCUCUGGACUGAUCCUGUAGAAAGCACUGAAAUCCUCUGUUGCGCAGCACUUUACCUGCAGUGCCUUGAUAUGCGGAUCGUUGCAUACACCAUGAUCGGACAAGCCAUACGUACAGCUAUCUCGUUUGGUUUCCACACUGAUAUGCCACUCCAUCAGCAUUCCGCUGCGGUUCUAGAACGAUGCCGCAAGAUCUGGUGGACCGUGUACAUACUUGAUUCCCACAUGUCUGCUUUGAUGGGCGCACCAAGAGCUAUCGACGCACGCGACAUCAAUGCCCAGCUCCCUACUUUUGGGAGCUCAAUUCAUAAAGUCCAUGCUCUUCAUAUUCAUAUCAAGCUAGCUGAUAUCGAAGGCAUGAUUCAACAAACGGUAUACAGCAAGGAAGGGAGAACAGGCAUCAACUUCCUGAAUAGUAUCAAAGCUGCGCUCAAAGCAUUAGCGGCAAUUAACGACGAGCGCACGUCAAACUUUCCGCUCGAACUAGGCAACCCUGGCGACAAAGGGAUUUCAAGACUGUCCGCACAUCUACAUCUAUUCCACCAUCACUGUAUCAUAUUAAACACCAAGCCUCUCUUAUUCAGCUUCCUUCAGAGGAGGGUCGAGACCCUCAAGCCGAUCCGUGUGCCCUCAUCUGGUGGAGUCCGUUCCUUGCUGCGAGUCUGCGUCGGCUCAGCACGGCAGACAACCAAGAUUUUGGCGGCUUUGCAAAGCCAAACUUUACUUGAUGUCUUUGUACCAUUUGAUCUGGAAUCAACAUGGUCUGCAGCAUUGGUACUCUUGAUCGCGCCAGUCGUCGAUCCCUCGCUCUUCAAAGAUAACGAGGGAUCUCUACAAACCGCACUCGACGUGCUCAACGAAAUGGCGUCAACCGGCAACAGCAUCGCAUCGUUCCGCAAAGACGAGCUCUCGCAGCUGAGAGACACACUCAAGUCAUUGGAGCUCAUGGAGCCUAAUCCACGGUAUCCGACACAACUCAGUCCUAAUGACAGUAAUGACGCGUUUCCAUUGCAGCCAUACGAGGAUAUCCAGCCAGGGACUCUCGCGUCCAUGCAGUCGGAAGUCGAGUACAUGUCCACUCAUAGCUUCGACAUGGAGGAGGUGUUGAGCAGUGAGCAAUUGGAGGCGGUUGCGAACGCUAUGAAUCUCAACGGCUUGGAUUGGACAUGGGCUGCGAGCUCAAUGGAUCAGUUAGAGCCUUCAUUGUUGUAGGAGUACAGAAUAAAUAUACGCUUUUUCCAACGUCUCUUUGCGCG